AUGCCGUAUGACACAGAUGGGCCGUCCUAUGUGGAGAUCACCGGGGUGAGCGUCGCGACUGUGGGGAUUCCUUACGCGUUCCAGUGUUCUGCAAAAUGUUCUCCGGCCUGUAUCUUCAGCUGGACCCGGGGAGACCAGACUGCCCAGGGCCCGGAGCUCAGACUGCAGCUUCAGGUUCGGGUGCCUCCCCAGGUUCUGAUCUGUGUGGUCCUCAACCCGGCCACUGGGAAUCUUGUCACCGUCAAGAAGACCCUGCAGGUCACAGAGGGACCCUCCAACAUCGUCAUCUCCGGUCCUGGCAUGCUGUCCAACGGCCAGUCGUCCACCUUCACCUGCUCGGCCGACUGCUACCCCUCCUGCUUGUACACCUGGACGACUGGCUCCGAGGGCCAGAGCACGGGCGUCACAUCCCAGGGAAGCAGCCUCACCAUCACGCCCCCAUCGGACGCCAUGUCGGAGACACUGACCUGCCAGGCCAAGGACUCUGCCUCCCAUCUCUUCAUCUCCAAAACCACCUCGGUGUGGGUGGCAACUGGACCAGACGAUAUCUCGAUCAGCAACCAGGCUGGAUCCAACACCGUGAUCCUGGGGAGCACGUACAAGUUCUUCUGCAUCGUCUACUGCACGCCCUCCUGCAAUUACACGUGGACCUACAAUGGACACACCUACCCGGGAGACCAGAUCCAGGUGCCCAUUCUUCACAAGGGGGACAAGCGCAAAGUGAUGAGCAAGCUGGUGAUCACCGUCAGUGAUUACACCCACACAGAAAACCUGACGUGCGAGGCCCAGAACACCGUAUCGGGGCUCACGGUCAUCACCACCACCACCCUGACCGUCAUCGGCCAGGUUUACUCAUUGCAAUGUGUGGGCUCACAGAACCCAGCCUCCAUCUUGUGGACUAAAGAUGGCGUUCCUUUACCUGUGUCCAGCAGAGUUAGUCUCUCCCUCCAGGACACAACUCUGUCCUUCAGCCCACUGCAGCAGUCAGAUGGAGGAUUGUACCAAUGUGUCGUGUCUCAGGGGGGGCAGUCGUUGAAAGGGAUCGGCUACCAGUUGAAUGUGUAUUAUGGACCAGUUGAUGUUGCGAUUGUCCGGCCAGAGACAGGCCCGGUGGGACCAGAGUUGUACGUGUUACCGGGGUCAACCACGACCCUCCUGUGCUCUUCUGAAUGUGACCCAGACUGUUCCUACACCUGGAUCUACAACGGCAAGCUGGUGGCUCUGAAUGCAGCCUUCUCCUUGACCUCGGGGACCCCUCUACAGGGAGGACCUCUCACCUGCGUAGCCUACAACCCAGUCACUAAAGAACACAGCUCCUCUGAGACCAUGGUGAUUCCCAUAGAUGGCCCGUCCGACGUGACCAUCUCAGGGCCUCGUUCUCUAGACGUGGGGGUGAAGGCUACGUUCAGGUGUUCGGCCCAGUGCUCCCCCUCCUGUAGCUUCAAAUGGACCGUGUACGGUCGCACCAUGACAGGAAGCACGGUGGACGUGACCGUCAGUCGCUAUGUGCCCACAGAGUCGCUGAGCUGUGAGGCCCACAACAGUCUCACUGGGAGGACCGCGAGCGUCAACGAGACUCUCUCUGUCUCAGACCCACACUGGUGUGGCUGUUGACCACAACGCUGUCAAGAGAGAACUGCUGUUGGACAUUUACUGAAGUCAGCCACGCCUACUAAUGUCUACCAUGUGUAAAUAGAUUUAAGAGACUGUUUUUCAGAUUUUAAAAUAACAUUAGCCCCAGAGAUCCUUUGUUGAAAAAGUAUGACCAUUUAAAGCCUGGUCCUGGAGAAAAUAGCACAAAACUAUAUAAGAAUAACAGUGGGAUGGUCCAAUCCACAAAGGACUCUCUCCAACAUUCAGGCGUCCUGUCUAUGCUUCUUUAGCUGUACCAGGUUCACUCUGUUGCCAACCCUUAGGUCAAGCAUAUUCUCCUGAUGAAACAAAUGUGAUAUGCUGACUGGUCUUGCCAUU